CGGAGACUAGUGGCGACCGUUCCACACGAGGACACUGAACGACUUCCGAUGCACGGUGCUGGGGCGGGUGCCUUAGGAAACAGUCCCCAAUCCGGUGUGUACCGUAAGCAACAGCGCUUGCAUUGUUGGUGGUGAAACGUUCUGAAAUGUUUUAAAGCUUCCCCUGCCCGGUUGUGUCGGUUCUUGUAGUGUGGUGAAACAGUGCCCCAACGUAAAUCAAACCGAUUAAAAGCGAUCGCACAAUCCACAAUCUGAUGGUGCGGAAAAUGGACAAUUAAUGUGAAAGUGAUGAUACGUCCUGUGCUGGUUGGGAAUCUUCCCAUACCCCACCCUAAAGGAACGCCUGAGGAGAAUGUGGUGUAGUUGCGGUUGUACGAUACAGCAUAACAGCAUAGGCGGGUAGCGUUCCGGUGAGAUUGUCUCCUGCAAAUAAAAUAAAAACCCCCCAAGACGACCCCAAGUGUACACGAAACUAAGCCCAACCUGUCGCAGUCAUCGAAAGAGCGCAGGAGGGAGAGGCGAACGCUUCAACGAACGCUUCACACAAAUCACCGGCUGGAAUGUUGCCGGCGGAUCGGUUUCUCAGCAGUCCGUGGUUGCCAGGGUCAACGAUGAAGUUGACACCGGGCGCGGGCAUCACGUUGCUGAUCGGCAUCGCCGGUAGCAUCUUUCUCGUCGCCCAAAGCCAUCGACUUUUGCGCAGUAAACUCAGCCAACGACGGCGCUCUUCCCGGAAGCCCGAUGCGGCAGAGUGUUACAUGUGUAACGCAAACAUCGAGCUCGAAACUCCAGACAGCUUCGCAACAUGCCGCGGUUGCGAAAAACUGGUCUGCCGGGGCGAAAACUGCUGCCAGUGGGUGGAAUCGAUCGGCAUCUGGGAAUGUACCGGCUGCCAGUCGAAUCGCGUAAUCCAGCAGAAGGCGGGCGAAUGGCUGCUGAAUCAGUUGACCGUCCGGCUGAAGCACCCGGGCCCGGUAGAGCUGAAGGACGGCAAUCUGCUCGGUCUCGGUUUGGACACGGACGAUGCUCGCAGCACCACUUCCAGCACAACGACGACCGUUUCGGCCAACCAGCGUGUGAAGGUGCGAGAAUUCAUCGAGGAGCUGCUGUCCGCUAUGCUGCACGGUCCGCUGGACGAUGUAUCCGUUGGGCAGCUAAUGAAACAUGAAAGCUAUUUAAGACUUUUUCGCAAGUUCCACACACGUUUGAGCAGGUGUCUGUACAAUCUAGAACGCUCGAUCCAUCACUCACUAAUGUCGGAUCUACCACUAUGGGAAGGUCAACAGCAGCAUCACAGCCCGAGCGAUCAGCACUUCGAGCUGAAGCGACUGAUACAGAGGAUACUGGAAGAGAUCGCCAAGCUGCCGGAGCUGCUGAACCACAGUGGCCUGCCGCUACGGCCGGAAGAGCAUCUGCCGUACUUCGAUCCGAAGAAGUACGAGCAGCUGUUGGCCACUGCGGUGCUGAACAAGGUGGUGGACGACUAUCGGAAUCCGAAAAACUUCACCGACGGCGGUGACGUGGCAGGCAAGGGGCAGACCGGCGCUGGUGCCACCCCGUACACCGGUACCACGGUGGACAUUAACCACAAUCAGCUGUCCGAGACGGGUAGCAGCCAAAGUUUGCUGAGUAAAGAAAGCCUCAGACAGAUGUCCGUAACGGCUGACGAUCAAGCACCACAACCACACGAAGGCGUCAGCUACAGUGCGAUCGGCACGGAAAGGCGGCUCUCCGACACGGACGAAUCCUACCUGAGCGACUACAUCCAGCGGCAUAAAGUCCCGCUGCCCGAUCUGUCCGACACGACCGGUUCCGGGUCCGGUGCCGAGGACGACGAUCUGCAAUCGCUCAAGUCGAACGCGACCGAUGGUACGUGGGAGGAAAAUUGGCUGUUCCGCAAGCGGCAACUGAAGACGACCGAAUCCUCGAUCGCCAUGCUCGUACCGUCGCCCACGGAAGAGGUGAAGGCACUGAUCGGGGACAAGAAUGCGGACGAGAUCAGUGAUCUGUCCGAGGCUGGAUCGGACUGUGAAGGGUACGAGUCGGAUGGCAAUGUGAACGGUGGCACUGUACCAUCGGUAGCGCCUGUGGUUGUGGCAUCAAGCAGCAAAGACACAACGAGUGAGGGAAUUUCGUCCUCCUCCAAGACACAAUCGCUGGACGAGAUGCUGCCGCCCGACAGUCUCGUGUCGAUCAACUCGUUGCCGGUCAAUGAGGAGGCACUGUCGGAAGCUACCAACAGUCAGCUGCUGGCCGAUCAGGUCGCACAGAACGGAGCCAGUGGACGUCUGCAGGUGGACGAUCUGAUCAGUAUCGAACCGGUGGCGGACAGGGUGGAAACGACCAAUCCGACCCUGACCAACCCGUUCCUGGACGAUGUGUUUGAGGCAAACAACAAUGUUAUAACGGACGACGUGAAGAUGCUGCAGCGUACCGAGACAGGGGACAAUCGCAGUUCCGCCACCGAAUCCAACGGUUACGGUGACCGAAAAGAAAUCCCAAUAGAUCGAGCACACCCUUCUCCAUCAAAUCCCGUAGCAGUAGACAGUGUAGUAGUGGUAGCGGUACCGCCCCUAGCGGACAGUAGCACAACUAAUGGUAAUGGUAGUAGCGUGGAUAGUAGUGUAGCAACAGAUAGUAGCGUCGAUAGUAGUACCGUGAAGACUAACAAACUGGAGUUCUUAAAACAACCGGAAGUGCUGCUCGAUUCCCGUUCACCACCGGACUCGCCAGUGCAGCAGGUACUGUCACCGCAUCCGAUCAUGAUGACGAUCACGGACGUGUUUGAUCGGUUGGCGAACAGUUCCCCACUGACAGCCAUUUCGGAGGAGCAACCACCGGCAGUGCUGGAUGAAAUGGUUGACAGCGAACCGCCAACGCUGGAAGCGAUCACGGAGGAAUGUUCCGGGCUGGUGGAAGAGAAACACCCCGUCCUAUCCCCAUCAGACAGCGUACAGGUCGAGCAGGAUGAUAGCGAGUAUCGAACGAUUUCCGAAGCGACUAACAACAGUCUCCUGCUGGCGGAUUCGUUCGAUGGGCUCGAAUCGUUCGAUACGUACGAGCCGGGGAACGAUGAGUUUUGCUCGCUGAUGGAACCGAAUGACUCCGAUCGUACGCCGGAACCCGGGCCAUCGCCUGACCGGCUACAAAUAUGGGAAACACCACCAGCUGCACUGUAUGUGUGCAAUCAAGGCCAGAUUGAGUUUGCAGAGCAAUUGCAAUCACUGGAAGAGGAUACUACCAAGCAGCAAGACCCUUUCGAACGGACGCCAGACGAUCAACCGACCCGGGUCACGCUUCAGCCCGAUCUGGUAACGUUCGACAACAAUGCACCGAGUCCGGAGUCGGGUCCACCAGGGAUAGUGGCCGUCACGGAGCAGAUGCGUGCGUACUGCGAAGAAUUAAAAGCGAUUCUAAAUCUUCCUGAAGAUGAAGAGCCCUCUCAGGAACUGUCCGUCCCCUUAGAGCCGGAACCGGAACAGUGGGAAAUUGUGGACACACCGGAAGCUCUGGAAGCGCUAGAACAGUUCCAAAAUGAGCUGCUGAUUGCUGUCAGCGAUCCAACGCAAACAGAGGUUCGACCGUGCAGCAAUCAUGCGAUUCGGGAGGAACCACUGCUGGAGCUUGAGGAUAGAUUCCCCAGCCCAAUAGAGGUGGCCGGGCUGCAGAUGGCACAGUACAGUGACAGUUUGAAAAGCCUGGAGUACGUCGAGGAAGGAACUGUGAUGGAUGAGGAAACGUUACCCCUUCCAGACGCUUUCAUCGAACGUGGCGAGUCACCGCAAGCGUUGCUUGUCUCUUCAGAAGAUUCUUCACAGCCCAUAGUAACGGUCAGCCACACACCUUCUACCGAACCGGUACCAUCCAUCACGACAGUGAGCCAGGCAGGGGAGGAACACCCACCCACCAGCACGGAGGAAACGAUGCUCACGUCGAUCGAGUCCCGGGACGAGUCGAAGAUCGAGGACACGAGCAUGCCCGCGUUCAGUGAUACCGAGCUUCCUUCCCUCUCAUCGCCAUUCACUUCCUUCUCACUUACCAAUUCUACCAUUAACAACAACAGCAACAACAACAACAAUUGCAUGCCAACUAACAUCAGCCUCACGGAACAGGGUCCUAACCAUCUUGUCACUAACCACACCUCGAAUAACACGAAUCCAAGUAUUGAUGUAGGCGAGUCUGCGCUGGAAGUUGAUCCAGAGCAACCGCCCGUAGUGGAAUCGGUCGCUGACGUAUGUUCGCUCGUUCCAGCACAAAUAGCAACCAAUGGAGGCGAUGUACCGGAGGUACAGGGUGAUUCUGGAGAGCAGGACGCGUCCUUGGAUGCACCGGACACGCUCAUACCAGGAUCCAUUGCCGAGCGGGAGCAUCUGAAGUGGCGUAAUGCCAAACCGAUCGCCAACAACCCGUACUCGCCCGAUGUGCUCCAGCGUCGGCUGUCGGAAAAGGCACGCCCGUCCAGCAUGAUCGAGAUCGAUCGGUUGGUGCGGAAGGAGGCGGCCCCAGCCACCGGAGGAGCUGCCGGCGGUGUGCUGAUCGACGAUGAGGAACCACCCAAAGAGCCGACGGACUCGGGGACGGAGAACGAUCGCUCGUUACAGUCGGUGACGGGUGGCGUACUGACAGAAACGAAGAAGAUCGGUCGCGAGUACUACAUCAACGAUCCAGAGCGUCUGCGUGCGGGCGGUGCCCCCUUAAAGUCCACCCUAGGACCACAGACCCAAACCCAGCAGCCAGCGCACAGUACCGACGACGAGAAAUCCCUUCUGCUUGGCCGUGCUGUGGAUGAGAGUGAAGCUGCAGCCCCACAAAAACUCACCCCCGAACCGGUCAGCUCGCUGUACCGCUCGAGCAGCGUCGGUAAGCAGCGAGAUCCCAGGGCGGAAGACAUCUUCGCUGCCCGCCCGGUACAGGUGACGGCCGACGAUCCGAUCCUGCAGCAGGGCACGAAGGUGAGCUACCUCAGUACGGCGGCCCGCGAGAUCUAUCUCGUACCCGUGGAGUCCGAACCGAACGGAGGCUCACUGAUGAGCUCUUCCUCUGAGCUGAGCUCCGUUCACUCACCGACGAACGCUCAUCAGCGCCCGGAGCUGGAUAGCCUCACGUACAGCGAAGACUCGGAUGUGACGCGUAUCUACGACCUAACGACCGGGGAGGCGAAGGUCGUACGUACGUACCACUCGGAAACGGAGCCACCGCACGAUACGAUCCUGCAAAUACUACCUCAACCCUCACCGACCAAACAGCAGCCAGCGCUGAUGGCGACUGCCCCUAGUCAUGAACAGUCGUCGUCGUCGUCCACCGUAUCGGCCCUUAAAAGUCAACUUUCCACCGGCGAACGGGCGGAUGUUGGCAGCUAUCUUCGCCGUUCGCCAUUUCCCGUGAAACCACUCUCGCCCGAAACGAUCAAAUUCUUUGCGCCGAAGCGAAAGCUUAGCUUUACCGGCAGCACGAACAGUUUGGUGGGGGAGUCGGGGGCCAAGGGAGCUGGUAGUGAGCAGGGUACUACACACGUGCUGCCCUCGAUGCACUCGUCGCUGCACAUUGACUUCCCCGCGAGCCGGAACGCGACGGGCAGCGAGUUUGCGAUCAUCGAGAAGGAUGUGAUCGAUGUGCUGCCGUCGGUGAAGGAGCUGGCCAAGUGUUACAGUGGUAGCACGAGCGAUGUGUCCACGUUGCCACCGAAACCACUGUACAAACCGAGGGUCAAGCUUAGAAAGGACUUUAUCCGCCAGUCGUCCGAUGUGCUGAAUGAGGAAGGCAUGCCCAACACGAAGGGCCAGCGGCAGUACAGCAGCACGAGCAGCAUAGCGGUGCGGGACGAGAUACGGGAGAUCCGGAAGCUCAACCUGGAAGCGUACCGACAGUCGACGUACUACCCGAUGGCUCCCGGGCACAGCAUAACGGCGCGCAGCCUGUCGAAGCAAAUUCGUGAGCAUAAGAGCAACGUUACAGACGACCAUAAGGUGGGCCACCACCAGCAGGAGGAGCAAGCGGCACCAGCACCGCUGGUGCCGGGUGGUGCCGAUGGUGAGCUCAACGGAACCGAUGCAGACGACGAACCCGGCCAUGCAUCUCCGGAGCGUCCCGCCAGCCCCGUACUACUGCCCGGCCAUCUGAAGAGUAGCAUACAGUUUUUCGAAAGCCUCAAGAACAAACCGUAAUAGCCAACCGCCAACAUGAGAGCAGCAAAACACUCGUCUGGAUGGGGAUCACACUGCAAACUCACGUUGAAAGUGUACGACCUUUUUUGUGCCAUUUGUGUAGUCGCCCCAGCUGGAAGCGUCAUUUAGUCAUCCUUCACAUCCUUCACACACACACACACACACAUACAUACACACUUACGUACUCACCUGUCGCAUCGUUGUCCUUCGUCAUCGCUCACUCAUACUUGGUAGGAUUUCCGUUACGCCCCUUCGUGUUAAGUGCUUUGUUUUAGGUUCGCGCGCCCGUGUGUUUUUCUGUGUGGUAGGCCAUCUUGUUUCCUCUCGCACCAGUGGCGACAAUUUUCAAGAGUCCCAGUCAUUCUUCUCUCCAUCGUACAUUGUGCAAGCAUGGAUAGCCCCGUUUUUUUUUUGUUUUUAAAUGGUAACAGCACUGGUAAUACACCCGAAAGGGAAAACGGAUUAAUUUAUUAUAUUGGCAAUCGCUUUCAAAUGCUCUCCCAGUACAGGUUCGUCCAGUUCGCCCAGUAUCAUUGUUUUUUUUUGUUAUUACGACGCAUAUUUUAAUCAAUUUUGUUUUAAUUUUCGCCUUUUUCCUAAAUUCUUGUUGAGUUUUGAAACAUUUUUCUUUUUAUGCAUUCAUUUUUUGUUUUUUCCUCAUUUUUCUCACCUGCAUUUACCUACGAGCUUUCUGUUUCACAAGUAGUAGUUCAUUCUCAUCUUACCCGAAUAAAGAUGAACUUAUGGAUUUGAUGGAAAAAAUAAAGCAUUGAAAAAUACA